AUGGCCGUGUUCUGGGAGGGAUGGCUGAGUGACCGAGAGACGGCCCAGGGGAGGGAGGCCCAAGGGGCGCUGGCGUCGAGAGGCCUGAGCGGCAGCGGGGGCCAGGAAGCGGAAGCAUGGUGCCUCCACACCGCACCCUGGGCUGGCCAGGGGGCCCUGGCGUGGGGCGGGAGCCAGGCUGAGAUGCGGAGUCAGGCCAAGGGCUGGAGGGAGAUCAGAGCUGCUGCCGUGCACAUGCUCCUGGUGGCUGGGACUGCAGAGCGGAGCAGACAGCGGACCCAGACCGCACCCGUGCUGCCCAUGUGUAGGGCUGAGCAGCCUGGACAGGGUGGGGCCAGCACUGGUGUCCCUGCGGCAGUUCGGGCCAGCCAAAGCGUUCCCAGGCCGAAGGAGGAGCAGCCCGGGGCCUCCUUGAAGCAGCUGGUAUUCGGCAGGGAUGACACCGCUCCCGGGGUGUGGAGCGUCUUGCUGGAGCGGGGUGGACGGAGCUGGACGGAGGCCGGAACCUGUCCCUGGAGGGCUGCCUCCUUCCUGAGGGAACAUGUUGGCAUUAGGCCCUGGCAGCGGCUGAGCCACCACCCAGGGGCCCACCUGGCCAAGCACUUGGAGCCCAUGAAGAGCUGGACGACGCCCUCUUUUGUGGCCAAGUUCUGUAAAGAGAAGCUGACGCUGGGCACCAAGCAGAGCUAUUGGAUUUGCAAGCUGGCAGAAUUGUCCCAUGCCGGCAUAGUCCUGUUCAGUGACGCUAGAGACCCCAUCUUUAACGAUACAUACAUAGUUCAGAAAUAUACGCAACCUCCGCUCAUAGGCAGGUGCCAGCACGACCUUCCCAUCUGCAUCUACGUCACCAGCGUUAAGCCUUCCACCACUUACCCUCAGGGAGGCCUGGCGCUGUUGGCUAUGGAAAAGCUUCAUCUCAGUAACGUGCAGGACUAUUACUCUCAUCUGACCAACAGCAGCAUCCAUCCACGGGGCCCCUCCUGGAAGAAAUCAACGAAGUGGCGGACCACGGACGCAACUGAGGGCAGCGACCAGCGGCCCGAGGGCUUCCUCGUGCCCACAAGAGACUCCUCUGAGGUCAACCGCGGGGCGGCGGGACCAGGGAGGCCUCACGCACCUCCCCAGCCUCCAGCCGGGCCCCAGACGCCCGGCAACGUUGCCCUCAUUUUACCUUUCAAUGAAGUGACUUUUGGGGCUUCCAGGAAUGGAUUAUGUGUCAAACGAAUAAUCCAAGAGUUCCAAAACAGAAUGGAUAACAACAUUGCCAAGUGGCCCAAAGUAAAAACAACACAAGAUGAGGUGGGGUUUUGA